UCCCCGCCCCGCCCCUCCGGUAGCGGCGGCGGCCGCCGGUACCGGUACCCGCGGGCUCCGCCAUGGCACCGCCCGGCCCCCCGCCCCCCGCCGAGCCUCGCUAGCCGCGCCGCUAUGAGCUCACGGCAGCCGGACGCUCCCGCGCUGGAGCAGGGCGGCGGGGCCCGCCCCGGUAAGAUGUCGCUGCCCGUCGGUGUGCCGCGGCGGGCCUUCAGCUACGACGACGCCCUGGAGGACACGGCGCCCAUGACACCGCCGCCCGCCGACCUGUGCGCCAACGUCCUCUGGAAGCAGCCGGUCAUCCCCGAGCGCAAGUACCAGGAGCUCUCGAAGAUUGAGGAAGGGGAUGGCAAUAUGAAUGCACCUGUCAUAACUCCGUCAUCGUCCACUGAAAGUGUGAACAAGGUACCCGUGGUGAAGGCCAAGGCCACUCAUAUCAUCAUGAACUCUCUCAUUACAAAGCAGACUCAGGAGAGCAUUCAGCGCUUUGAGCAGCAGGCGGGGCUGAGAGAUGCUGGCUACACUCCCCACAAAGGCCUCACUACUGAGGAGACCAAGUACCACCGAGUGGCUGAGGCAGUCCACAAGUUAAAAAUGCAGAGUGGAGAGAUGACAAAAGAUGACAAACAGACUUCUUCUGCUCAGUCCACUCCAAGCAGCACUCCCCACUCCUCUCCCAAGCAUAAAACCAGGGGUUGGUUUAGUCAGGGAUCCUCUACUUCUAUCACUGGCCCAGACUUUGCCAUGGAAGCUGGUGGGGACAAAUUGCCAUCUGAAAGGUGGAGCUUUUUUGGACCCAAAGCCAUCCAGAAAUCCACCAAUGAUCCAGGAGGAUUUACCAUCCAAUCCUAUAAGGGUGCCCAGAAGCCAUCCCCAAUGGAGCUGAUGCGUGCUCAGGCUACUAGGAUGCCAGAGGAUCCAGUCACCUUCAAGCCACCCAAAAUGGACGUUCCAGUCACAGAAGGGAGGAAACAAUCUCCACGUUCUCAUAAUAUAAAACCUCGGGAUCUGAAUGUGCUCACUCCUACUGGGUUCUAGGAAGAAUGCUUCUGGUGUCUUUAGUGGGCUACAGGGUAUCCUAGGCUCUACUUCCCUGUCCCAUUGUGCUGCAGUAAAAUAGGAAAGUCUCCUUCCAGCUCUUCAUCUCAGAAAAAGUUGUGAUUGUCCUCCUGAAGCCAGUCUUGGAAAAACUCCUGCACUAGUACUAAACCAAUGUAAACCAUCCUGUCUGCUAUAUGGCACUGGUUUGCUAGGCUGCACCAGGUGUGCUUCCCAGUACACAACACCACAGUAAGACCUUCAGCCAUGUUUUGUGGGACAGGACUGCAUGUGGUGUGCAAGCAGGCUGGCUUGUCUACCUGUAGUCUGAUUGUCUUGUCCUGCUCAGUGCUGAAGUACCCUCAGGAGGACUGUGGUUCUGUCUGGCGUAUACGGAACACCAGCAGAAAAUUAUGAAAACAAGAACUGAAAACUGGACCAUUAACUGCCAGAAGAAAGUUUCUCUGGGAAUGUGGCGGGUCAGUUUUAAAUGUGGUACUCCCUUACUAUCCAGUGUGACCUUACAGUUCAACACCUAGUGCUUGUCUGUUUUUUGGAAUUUUUUUAAAAGAAAAGUGGAACAGUAAGCAUUCUAAGAUGCUUUUAUUAGAAAGGCGGGGAGCAGAAACUAAUGGGGUUUGGCAGUAACAAGUAAGAAUUGCUUCUUUUCCAAUUUUUCAUAUUUCUCCAAAAAGGUGGAAAUGACCAGAUCUGGUGUGGCUUGAAUUAAGUAAUCCUCUCUCCUUUCUGUAAAACACUGUCCUGCUUUCUCCUAGACAACAGGCUUACAGAUGUUCUGGCACUCUGGGUGCUGCUUGAUUUGUUUGGUUUUUUUCCUAAUAUAUUUUAUGAAUUCUGUAGAAGUGUAUUAGACAUCAAGGGCACUUCUCAAAUAGGGUUUUUUUGUUUCAUCAGCAUUAAAUGCAUUUUGCAGGGCUGGGGGAGGACUGAGGGCAGAUCAGGGCUAAACAUUCCUCCUGGCUACGACACAGUUAUAUGUAAUUUUUGGCCUAGUCAGAACCAGUUACUGGGAACAACUAACACUUGCUUUCAUGAAAAGUGGAAGGAACAUUCGGCUACCAUCUAAUCCCUUAAUCAUUAUAGGCAGUGUUGCUCUGUGAUGUUCACCUGUUCUGAGGCAAACAGGUCUCCUCUCUCUUGAUCGGAUCGUUGCAGAGCUCCCUCAGCCAGCACCAGGCUUUCUGUGGUGGUGAGGUGGCAGCAGCAGCUUUCCAUCUGGUACUAGAAUCUUCUCUGUUGCCAGGGCAUUAUACAGAGGUUAUUUAACAUCUGGUAACCCUUGAGCUCUGGGAUUUCUGCUGCCUUAAACCAAACAUUCCUCCCAGAGGGUGAGGCAAGGUUGGCUCACUCGGCUAGUUGCUGUCCCCUCUGAAGAAGCACGUUUUGUGGCUUUGCUUCCUCUUGAGCUUCAGCAGCACUGCCAAUGAUGUGUUGAAAGUCUACCACCCAACCAAACAGUUUUCACUGUCACCACUCAUUUGCACCUUGGCAAUCAGUGUCUCAUUUUACAUUAAUUUAUUUGUUGUCUGUAUUCAUGUCUCUAAAAAUGUAUGAUUUUUUUGUUUGUUACAAGAAAAUAAAAUCCUUGUGAGUGGA